AAGAAAAUAAAAAAGGGAAGGAAGUGAGAGCCCUGUCUCCCCCCUUUAUAAUACGUGCUUGCCUAGCAGCUCCUUAGCUUGGGUAGCUCUUAGCUAUCUGACCUACGUAGCACAGCUGCACAGAAGUCUCACCAACCGACCAACCACAUACGACCUACCUAAGACAAAAAGAAUAAAUAGAUUAAAAUCAAGAAAAAGAGGGAGCAAAAAAGUGGUUGUGGCGCGUGAACACGAGAGGGGACAACGACCAAGCAAACACGACCUUUAAAUAAAAAGCAAUUGGGCAUACAUACAUGACAAUAUGGGUCUCUUUUCCCGAAAGCCCAAAGCGUCUAAGGUAGUCAGUACUAUCUUUCCUAGAAGCAGCAGAGGUGAAACAGGCAACGACUCGGCCAGCCUGAAUUCCGAAGGGUCUAAUAUCAAGAGUCCCUCGACGAGCAAUUCGCGCAUUCAUAUUUACAAUAAUCGCGCUUCAGCUGGUAGCGUGCCACCGACACCCCUCACCCCCUUAACGCCGCAUCCAAUGAUUCGAGUCAACUUACCCAAGCCUCCGGAUCCGUCACUCGAUGCGGCCGGCUACCUAAAGAGUUUGGGCUCCGUACGCGAGCGGUCUAAGAUCGUCACCGACAAAGCCUUGCGCAAUGCCCUUAACCACUUCGAUGUUGACAUGAGCAAGUUCCCGGACGUUGUCAGCUUCGUCUGUGGCAUCAUCAAGCGAGACUAUGACGCUCCGUUUUCGUCCAUCCCAUCUCACGGCCGAUAUCAGCACUUCUGCGUUGGCGGCCGGGACCGAAUCGCUAAUCUGCUUGCAACCUUCCCCGAAACGGUCGACAAUAGCGAGAAAUGCCGUCGAUUGAUAGACCUAUUCCUCGUCAGCGUUUUGCUUGACGCUGGCGCAGGUACUUCCUGGGGAUUCAAGAGCGCUGAGAAUGGCCGUAUCUACCGAAGAUCCGAGGGCUUGGCUGUAGCUAGUCUGGAAAUGUUCAAGGCUGGACUAUUUUCUAGCAGUCCGUCAAACAAGUUUCAGGUGGAUAAGGGUGGUCUCCGAAACCUAACCGUCGAGCAACUGGCCAAGGGCAUGCAGUCACAACCUGGAAACGAGAUCGCUGGCUUAGAGGGUAGAGCGAAUCUGCUGAUUCGACUUGGCGACGCAUUAGAAAAAGCCGAUUAUUUCGGUGAUGAUGGACGACCUGGAUGCAUGAUCGAUUAUCUUGUCGCACACCCAACCACACAAGCUUCUUCAACUCCUAUUGUAGUUCUCCCCGUGUUUUGGAAUGUACUUAUGACUGGGCUUGGACCAAUCUGGCCGCCAUCGCGGACAGCCAUUGACGGGGUCUCACUUGGCGACGCAUGGCCCUGCUCCUCCAUGCCACAACAGGUAUCGCAGCCUAGUUCUCCCGGCCUUUCGCCCUUCCCCAACUCCCAGUCAGGGCCAGGUGCUGCGGCCUGGGAAUCCAUACUUCCCUUCCACAAGCUUACGCAGUGGCUCACCUAUUCGUUGAUGCAACCCAUGCAAAACAUACUCAAGAUUCAGUUCGCUGGCACUGAGCUUUUAACAGGCCUGCCCGAGUACAGAAAUGGAGGGUUGUUCAUCGACCUUGGUGUUUUGACACUUAAGCCUGACGAUUUAGACCGCGGUCUACAGCAUUAUAGCGAUUAUUGCCGACGGACGGGCAGCAAGGGCGUUGAGGUAGCGCCAAUGUUUGAGCCGAGUGACGAUGUAAUCGUGGAGUGGAGAGGUGUCACAGUGGGCUUCCUUGACCAACUUUUAGUCGAGGUCAACAAGGCUCUAAAGAAGGAACUCAAUGGUGGCGAGUUAACAUUGGCACAACUGCUAGAGGCGGGAAGUUGGAAGGGUGGUCGUGAAAUUGCGGAGGUCAGCCGACCAAACACAAAAGAGCCUCCCAUCUUGAUCGAUUCGGAUGGGACUGUAUUCUAGCAUGGGAAACUUAUUUCGCACCUUGUUCUUCUUUUAUGUUUCCUACUUCUAUUCGACGCCCCAUUCUUGUGCAUCAUGAAAAGCAUAUAGCGAAAGAUCACUAGAUCUUGGUAGACUUGGGAGCUUAUAGCCUCUUCCUUUGUGUUA